UCAUAUCAGAGUGCCAUGCCCUCGCGAUAUGAACGAUCAACGAACAACUGUUUAUGUAAACUUUCUGUCAAGUGUAUACUGUACAAUGGCACUUUAAAAUACUUUUAUUACGUUUUAAAAUGUGGAAACAAGGUUUUGCAAUAAAAAGCUGAAACUUUCUAGUGAUUUGUGAAGUGUUGAAAGUAUAAACCAGUAGUGUUUCCUGUCUCAGUGAUACAAAAUAAAAAAAAACAACAGGUUGAUAACACAUUUCAGUGAAUAGCACCAUCUGUUUUCGUUUUAGAAAUUGUGGAAAAUUUGUUUAUUUGUGACUGUGAUAAUAAAUACUAUUGCGUCAAUAAUUCUGUGUGUUGAGUUUUAAGUGAUUUAAAAAAAAACUUCGUGUAUAUGUAUUUUCGUCCCACGAAAAUGGUUUGCAUCUCAAAAUAAUGAUAGCUCAUCCAAAAAACAGAGUUCAAGCCAUAAAGAGUAAAUUCGAAAGCCUUCAGACGGAAAACGAAUUAAUUUUACCUAAAAAGGUGCCAUUGCAGGACAAACAGGUCACUAAUAUCAACGAAAAGAUUAAUAAUAAUGAGGUUGCACAGGAAAAACCUUUUGCAAGUGACGAAUUUGAGCCCAAACCUAACACCAGUUAUUUAUACUCCAAAAACGAGGUAAAACGCAGUUUUAGUGAUGGUAAAACGUCUCUAACGCGUCAGACCAGCGAUCCGGGGAAGAAAUUACACAGAAGUCACGCUUUCAGGUGCGAUCGUAGCCAAAAAAUAGAUCUGAGUCCUAAACGGCACGGAAGCUGCAACGGUAGGUCAGAAACCAGCGACUUUUCAUUAAAAAUGGAGAAGAAACUCAGCAAGGAGCGUCGCAUACAGCUUGGCAACUUCCUCGAAGACCAGAUGAAGAAGGAAAACUUCCAACCGCCAGUGAGCAACAGCAAUGAAGACUGUGUUAUAGUAGGUGCUGUUCUGGAAAUCCCCGAUGUGGUGCCCAACUCAAUACCAGAUUCCCAAGUUCCUAAACACAUUUUGGAUCAAUAUGCGAAGGUAGUUAAAAAUAAACAACAAGAAAACAGACAGGACUCCAUGACAGACAGUGGUGUGAGUUCGGAAACUGAAAAUGUUGAGGAAGAGAAAACCAGUAAAAUUAGCAAACUUGUAUCCCAGUAUGAAAAAUCAGAUCUCAAUCCUGAUACAAUAAAAACAAAACCAAAUUUGGAAGACAUGAACGUCUUGUGUGCAUCCAGCGAGACAAUGAAGUUGGAACGUAAAAAUCCACAUCUAAUUUUAACAGACACUUUGAAGAAAGCUCUGAAACAACCAUUGCCAGCCGGACCUCCACCCAAGAAGCCUCCGAGAAUUUUCAAUCAGUCUGCUACACAAGAAACUCCAGAAAAAACUAAAAAAGAUGCUAAAAAAAUGUUGGAAAAGCUGGAACAGGCUUUACACAAGCGUGAAAAUCAAAAUACCAGUAAAAAUAUUUACGACAUAGCAGAGACUGAUCAUACAUUGAAGAAACCUAAAGAAAUGCACUAUUUAUGUACAGAAUUAUUAGAUUUAAAACAUAAAACCUUAGCGCCUAUCAACGAAAAUGUAAAAGAUCCAUUCACAAAGUGCUUCAAUUCAUUAAACUGUGCCAUAAUAACGAACAAUUCAACUUUAAGCUUGCCAUACACUCGGCUGAGUGUCCACGACACUAACAUAUGUAAUUGCAGUGUAGAGAACAUUGAUACCAAUAAUUUGACUACUUUCCUAAAAGAAAAGUGUUUGAAGUGUCAGAGUAACGACAGCAGAGUGCAUGGUUUUAAGUGUCAUUUGAGUUGUAAGUGUCGGGAGGAGAAAUCAGAAUUUUUUGUGAAGGAGCACAUUUACGAUGUGCCGUACAAUCAGUGCAGUGGGCGUGAUCGUCAGUAUGGGACUUUGAAUUUUUGGAAAACAAAUGGGAAUCACAGUCGGAGUAUGGAGGAUUUAACCAGUACAAAAGAUGAGAAGAUCUACGACGAACCGUGCGAAGUAUCCCGUCCUGCGACGCCGGAUGUGCCCAUAACGGAGUUCCAGAAACUGAGGCAGAACUUCGAAAACGCCUCCCAAAAAGUCAAAAUUCAUUCAGACUUGAAACCGGCGACUCCAAUAAAACCAAUUUUAAAUAAAAAAGUGUGGAAAUCCACGGAAAAUGUUUCGGCCGACUUCAGAAAGGCGAAGAGAGCGGUGGAGAAGAAGUUCGCGACUGAGACUAAGAGAUACAAGAAGAGUGACGCGAAGACUAUGUUCAGCUUGCCCAAGAGAGAGACCCAGUUGGACGUGGACAGAGAGAAUCUGAACCGUCUGAUGACGGAGAUAUACGAGACGGUGACGGCGGCCUGCAACAUGGACGAGAACAAGCCGGGCAGUUUCCCCACUGACCUCGUCGACACGCCCACUGAAGAAUCAGUGAAGCUGACGCGUAGUCUGACAGAAAAGCGAAAGAACUACGUGCGGCGCGUGUCAUCCCGGGUGGCGUACCUGGACAAGAAUGUGAGGGGCCCGCGCUACAGGCACCAGACCUCCAUCUGCUCCUACAAGUCCGAAGUGCUCGACAACCCCUACUCCACCUUCCGCUCCUGGAAGAGUUUCAGGACCUCACAAAGCAAUCUAAGAGAGAAAAUGGACAGACACGACUCAACGGACUCCAAGAUCAACCUCACCGACUCGAGCGGCAACAUCAUAUCCAUCCAGGACACCAGCGACGACUCCCUGGACAACCUGAGCAUCGACGAGAAGGCGGGCUGCGUGGACCUCGAGCUGCCCUUCGAGCCCCGGGAGAAGGGGCUCUUCAACGUCUGUCUUUUGGUCGGACUGAAUUAUAUGACCGGGGAAGCGUAUGUGAAGAGCGUUUUCCCUAGCCAGGUGCAAGUCCCGCCGCACAUAGAGAACCUGAUAUUCCCGGAGACGAUCAGCUCGGGCAGCGUGGGCGAAUGGGCCACGGAGAAGACCGCGCAGUGCUACUCUCUGGUCCUCACCGACGAGAAGGGGGAGAGAGCUUAUGGCUACUGUCGACGGGUGUUGCCCGAGGGCGCCUCCACGUGCCUGCCACUGUGCUACUGCCUUAUCGGCAAAUACAGAGCGCCUGGCUUCUAUUACAAGAUUCUGCAAGAAAUAGAAUCGCAUCACGGCAAUUCGGAAGUGGAGAUAAAUCAAAUACUGCAACAACUGUUCGAAACGGACUUCCCCAGUUCGGGAGAACAGAUAUCGAUUAUGUACACGAAUAUCAACGUAUCGAGAAAACCUAAUCGCAACUCGGUCAGUCUUGGUGACAUACACAAAUGUAAAACCAUGCCCGACCCUAGAAGAAACGAGAGCACCGUGAAUGUCUCCGUUACUAAGGAGAGUUUGAAGGAGUUUGAGGAGAGUUCGGAGAGAAUGGAGAGUGAGCUGUUCGUUGACACGGAGAGUCACGCGCUGCCCGAUUAUUACGAUUUGGAGAAUAAUAACAAAUGUCCGAAAAGGGUCAUGCUGAGCUUGGAAGGACCGAGGACGAGCGUGAUCAGGCGGCCCCUGGACCCGCGCGCGGACGAGGACAAUAUGUCGGUGCUGCUGGACUCCUUCGGCGCCGGGCUCGUCAUCAAGGUGUUCGGCUCGCUGCUGCUCGAGAGGAAAGUUAUCGUCAUGGGAGACCAGCUCAACGUGAUCUCAUCGUGCAUGGAGGCGCUGCAGAGCGCGCUGUACCCCUUCGUGUGGCAGCAGCCGCUCAUCUCCGCCAUCCCGGCGCAGAUCCAGCGCGACGUGCUCACCGCGCCGCUGCCCAUCCUCGCGGGCAUGCUGGCGCACCACCACCCCUCGCACUUUGAGGAGGGGAUGUUAAUAGACCUGGCCCACCCAUCCAAGGUCCUGUUCUACCAAGGAGACGAGUCCACCAUAGUCCCCACAGCCAGCUACAAGACUCUCAAGACAUCACUACAGAUGGAGUCGAAGAGUCGGGACAAGCCUGAAGACACGAAGACACGGAACGUGAUGAUAUCGGAGGCGUUUUUGAGGUUCUUCGUCGAUAUUUUAGGCGAUUUUUGGAAAUUCUUCUCAGAGAAGGAAAUGAAGGAUGGCGAUUUUGGGAAGAAUGGUGUUGUUUUCGAUAAAGAUGCCUUCAUAAAAAGCGCAUCAUCGAAACAGGUGCAGUAUUUCCUGGAGUGGUUCACCGAGACGGCCAUGUUCAACCACUUCAUCCAGAACAUGGCGCUCUGCUACCGCGACCUGCCGCUGCCGAGCGAUUACAUCAACACGGGGCUAGUCGACACGCCCCUGCCCAACUACUACGAGCUGUUCCACGAGCGGCUCCGCAGCAGGUCCAAGUCUGAGAAAAGCAGCAACAAGAUAGAUUACAAAAAUGCUGUCAAUAAAAAAGUUAGGCUGCUGAAAACGAAGCUUCGAGAUUUAGUAACGUAAUUUAAAAAAUAAUAAUUAUUGUCGGAAAUGUGAUUGGUGUCUGUACGACCCUGUAAACUGUCAAACUUUUCGUCAAAUCAAAUAUGUUUGUCAAACAAGUUGAUCUGCAGCUUUGUUUGAAGCGUUUGUCAAAUAUUGUUUAGUGAAAAGUCAAGUCGACAAACAAGUUUGAUUGUCAGCUCGCAGUAAUACAACGUAUCAGUAAAGCUAUUCUGUAACGAUGUUUUUAUAACUCGGGUUCUGAAUUUACCUAUAUCUCUCUCUGUUUAACACGAUAGUAUAGAAUGAGAAAGAUAGAUCCGAGAUUCGCACUUGCGAGUUAUACAAAAAUCGUUAUAUACUCAGAGGCACAAUUAUGUGGGUGGAUAAUUGUGCCUCUGAUUACAGAAUAGCGUUUGAGUCUAGGGUUCUAACUCCCGUUUGCGUCAAUUUGGAAGUUUAAACUUUCGCCUGUUUUCGAAUUUCCAGUGCUUCCACAUUUGUGCUCGCCAUUUGUGUGAUAUGCAAUAGUAAUGGCAGUAGCAGAGUUUCGAAUCUGAAAAGACUAGCAAUAUAUGAAAAUGUUGUCAAUAAAAAAUUAGGUUGUAGUAAAACAAACUGCCCCGUCGAUUCUCUUUCGAUGCGUUUGCGAUCAUAGAAAGAGAUCAUAAAAAGACCACUUGGCUACAGGGGCUGGAAGUAGAUACCAUUAAAUUAAUUGUAAAAAAGUAUAUUAAUUAUUGGAAUUUUGUGAGGAUUUUAGCGUAGUGGUAUUUUUAAAUGAAACUUACGAGGUUCAAAUUCUCGUUUACAUCAAUUCUUUUACAAGUGCCACUUACUAUCGCGUGUGAUGAUAGUUUUAAACGGAUUUGAUUUUGGUCUCGAUUAAAAAAAAUAGCAAAUAUAAUUCUCAUUUUGCACAAUGAUUUUAGUUUUUUAUAUGGAUAUUUUUACUUUACAUUCCUUUUUAUAGUUUUUUAAAUGUCACACGAAUGAUUUUUUUUAUAUAUUAACGACUUGUACAAUUUUUUUUUGUGUUGUAAGUUCAGACUGAUAUUUUGCGAUUGAUUUUGUGAAAAUAUCUCAAAUCUUAGUCCAUUGUACUAUUAUACUUAUCAAUAAGUGUUAAUAUAACUGAGGCCUUAUCAUGUAGAUGUGUGAAACGGUGCCUUAAUAUCAUGCCUAUUAUUCUUAGUCGUACUACGGUGCUAAUUCAAUUGUAGACAAAUCUCUAAAUUAUCUAUCAGUAACUAGAAUAUAACUCAGUAAAUAAAAUAUAUUAAAGGAAUAACGUCGUCAAUUAUACGAAAAAUAAACUAAUAACUUAGUUAUCUAAUAAAUUAAUUUUAGCAGACUCAGAAGUGGAUUUAAAAUAUAAGAAAACCAAUGUUGAACAAAGAAUUCAUAACUUAUGUCAGGACAAUUUAACUUACAAAUCACAAUGUAACCAAAACAAAUCAUCAGUGAGAGAUUCUCCCUCUAAUUCAGAGUCGGCUAAAUACAAAAGUUGUUUUUAUUUAUUUUUACUGAUUAAAGACUUCACAAAAUGCGUCAAUGCGUCAAAAUUGACAAGAUUUAUAAUCGCUGUCCCUUUUUUUCUUUUUCUCUCAUUUAUUUAUUACUUCUUUUUUUAAAUUUUUUAAUAAUAUAAGUAUAAAAUACAAAACAUUAUUAAAAAUUUAUAAAAAAAUCAGUCAUCACUGCCUUUUGUAUCCGACUCUUGAUCCAACAGUUAAGCGAAAGCUUCUUAAGGUGUUGGUCGAAGCUUUUCGCUAUAAGACCAUUGACUGAAACAACUAUUGGAACAAUAAUAGUUGACUCAACAUGCCACAUGGCAUCUCGUGAGCUAGGUCCAAGUAUUUUGAUACUUUUUCCUUUUCGCUGUCCCUUAUUCUUAGAACAUUAGUAAAACGAUAGCGGAACUUCGUCUCACAGUUUGCGCAAACGCAUUUUAUGUGAACUUCAUUUCUUUGUGCUUAAAGUUAGUUAUUACUUAACUGUAGUCAGUUUGUUUAUUUAGAGAUUUGUCUACUAUUAGCAUCACUAUAUCAUCAUAUAUUGUAGUCUUUCAAUUUCUUCAUAACCUUAGAUGUUUACACUAUUUUAUUAAUCCUGGAUGAAAGUCAAUAAUAUCAAUUGACAGUGACUCCUUUUUAAGUUAAGGGAUCAUAUUUUUGUAAUAAUUCAUUUCUUUAUAUUUUCCUCCGCAAAUUAAGAGAAAUCUUGUCUCCACUCGAAAGUCACUUCAUGACAAUCCUCCGAGAAACAAUUUCUACAAAAUGCUUUCUUAAGACAUCCCAUAAUAAAUUGAGUUUUGUAUUUGUCCAAUUAAGAGUCUAGUCUAGUCCCAUGAACUUAACCUUCUAUCUUAUUUUCUUAAUUGGCUCAGGUCUGGUCUGGUUGCCAUAACCUAAAUGCAUAAAGUCGAAACUUUCUUAUACUUUCGGAAAUGUAACGAAGAAAUUGACAGACUACAAUAUAAAUAAACGUCCAGUGCCUUUUAGUAUAAUUUUAAAUGUAACAGUUUUGUGUUUGGAGUCAUAUUAUUAUUUGGUAUAUUAUGUUAUAUUUGUAACAAACAACAGACAUUGGUCAACAAGUUAUAUGCCAUGAACGCAACCUCAAUGUUUAAGUCAAAAAUUCUCCGAAUUUUCCGAUUCCGAUUUUGUUCUCGAAGUCCGUAAUUGGUGCGUAUGGUAAAUUGUUUUGAACUGGUGCGUACAUAAUACGAUGUGUUUUUGUAAUAAUAAAUCAAAUCAAAUCAAAAAUCAUUUAUUUCAAGUAGGCUCAGUUUACAAGCACUUUUGACACGUCAGUUGACUAUUUGUAAAGAUUCUACCACCGGUUCGGAAGGCAGGUUCUGCUGAGAAGAUACCGGCAAGAAACUCAACAGUUGCUCUUUUGAAAAAGUCAUAAAGUAUUAUAAUUUACAAUUGAUAACAAUUACAAUUUCUUAUAGUUUUACCUCCUGUGUGAAGGUGUAAGCUGAUCCAACGGCCUCCAAGCAUCUUAAAUAAUAAUAAUAAUCUUUAUUUAAGAAAAAUACACAUAAAAAAUGAAACAAUAAGCUUAUUACUAAAAGUUACUACUAAGCAUACAAUAUACAAGUACACGCUUAUUUAAUAUAAGUAUACUUAAAUGUGUUGCAAAAACUAAAUUAAAUGUUUAUAAGAUAUGUUAUUUUCAGUUCCGAGUCUUACGUUUAUUCUUAGUCACCAUUCAUUAGUUUAUUCAUAAUUAUAAUGUAUGAAAUGUACGUCCCAGAUUACAAUAAUUUCCAUAUAGGUACUAAUGUUAAAAAUCUCUGUUUUGUUUGAUGACGAAUGUCUUCAAAAUAUAGCAUAAAUGUUUAUCCCUACUACUUGUAACUACUUGUAAUGGUGCCAUUUUGGUUGUAACAAUUUUUCUUUAGCUUUCCUCUUUCUCUCACUAAGUAGUACUUCGGUCGGUAAACAUUAGAGAUUUGUGCACAAUCGAAUUGGCUUCAAUAUCUCUUAACUAUGUUAAAUGCUCUGUAACUGCAACGAAAUACAUAUCAUUGUUAUAGAUCUGCUUCCUUUUGUUAUUGUAAUAUUCGUCUGGAUGAACAUACAAGUAUGAACAUUUGUUUUUAAAUUAAACUCAAUUUUGGGUUUCUGUUGUCAAUAUUACAUUUCAUACUGUCCGUCCGUCCCUGUUUCCGCAUAUUUAGCACGCCGACAAUGUCUUCAUCUAAAAUAAUAUUUUUUGGGUAUCUGCAUGUAUUUAAAAGUAGGGUUUUUUUUUUACUUGUACAAUAGUGUACGAUGUCGUUUGAUAGGUUCUUAAAACACAUUAUGGGUGUGUCAACAUCACUUUUCGAUUUAGGGAUAGGUUUGUGAAGUAUUAGUGCUAAUCUUUGUAUAAGAGAAGAAAGUUGUUAUCUACCAUUUUAGCUUUGGUGUUCAAUAUCAAAUUCAAUGUCAAAUCUCUCAAAUAGUUUUCAGUCGAAUCAGUCAAUUGUUCUCAGAAAAUACAACAACAAAUUCAUAAUUAUUUUCUCUAAAAUCUCUUUUUUGAAUAGAUGAAUGCUUUCUUACGCAAUGUUCAUCCGGAUGAAAAAAAUAUAUAGAUGAAUAGUGUGUCAUUGCUUGCAGCUAUGUUUAUGCUUCCCAAUUUAUAGUUUUAAAUAAAUAGAUCUAAGUUAUUGUACACAUAUUUUACGUUUUAAGUCUUGUAAAUAUAACAUUUAAAAGUAUCAAUAUAAAUUAAUAAAAGUAUAAGUGAUGUUA